AGCCCUCCUCUUUCCCGUCAUCUCCAAACCAUAAACCCGACGCCUCCAACGCUAAUCCCUCGUUUUGCCCUCCGCCUGCGACAUUUCUCGCUUUCCGCGAAUCCUUCAUACCCUAAUCCCAUCAGAAGAACCCUAACUCUCGAUUCUAUCGUGGAGUCGUCGAAGAUGCCGAACCUUGAGUGCCGGAUGUACGAGGCCAAGUACCCGGAGGUGGACAUGGCUGUGAUGAUCCAGGUGAAGAACAUAGCGGACAUGGGCGCUUACGUCUCUCUCCUGGAGUACAACAACAUCGAGGGUAUGAUCCUCUUCUCCGAGCUCUCCCGCCUUCGCAUCCGUUCUGUCUCCUCCCUCAUCAAGGUCGGCCGCCAGGAGCCCGUCAUGGUCCUCCGCGUCGACCGCGACAAGGGAUACAUCGAUCUCUCCAAGCGCCGCGUCUCCGUGGAGGAUAUUCAGGCCUGCGAGGAGCGGUACAACAAGAGCAAGCUCGUCCACUCCAUCAUGCGCCAUGUCGCGGAGACCCUGGACAUUGACCUCGAGGAGCUCUACAUCCACAUCGGGUGGCCCCUCUAUCGCAAGUACGGCCACGCUUUCGAGGCACUCAAGAUAAUUGUGACGGAUCCGGACUCAGUUCUUGAUGCCCUGACUCGAGAAGCGAAGGAAGUUGGAGCAGAUGGGCAGGAGGUGACUAAGGUGGUACGUGCGGUGACGCCUGAGGUGAAAGAUGCUUUGGUCAGGAAUAUUACGAGAAGGAUGACACUGCAGCCACUGGAGAUACGUGCUGAUAUAGAGAUGAAAUGCUUCCAGUUCGAUGGAGUUCUUCACAUUAAGGAAGCUAUGAGGAAAGCUGAAGCUGCAGGAAAUGAUGAUUGUCCCGUGAAGAUCAAGCUAGUUGCCCCUCCACUCUAUGUUCUCACUACUCAGACUCUCGAUAAGGAACAAGGCAUAUCAAUUCUGAAUAAUGCAAUUAAGGCUUGCACUGAAGAGAUAGAACGACACAAGGGAAAACUUACUAUGAAGGAGGCACCAAGAGCUGUGAGCGAACGAGAUGAUAAGCUACUUGCUGAACAUAUGGCAAAACUACAGUCCACUAACACGGAGGUCGACGGUGAUGAAGGUAGUGAGGAAGAGGUAGAUACAUGAAUGGGUGAAAUUG